AUGUCUGGCCAUGAUCUACCGGCCAUCGCUUCCAGUUGGCCACAGCCCUUGUUGGAAGAGGCCCGUCUUGGCCAACCGCUGCCCCGCUGGGCCCAGCGGGAGCUCCACUGUGCCAAGACCGCACCCGCCGUUUCUUCACCGGCCGAGAUGAGGCCGUGUGACAUGCGGAGCCUGAGUGCAACGGAGUUUCGAGAACCCUUGCGCUUGGUGUCCAUCUCCCAGGAGGAGAUCUCCAUCUCCCACAUUUGUGGGCAGAUCCGCAGCUUGGGGGAGCAGGAGUUCCGAGAAGAUGCACUGGAGAUCGUGGACGGAGGAAUUUGGACGGCCACCGCCCUCAUGGAUGCUGCAGACCUGCUGAUUGGCUUUGUGGUCUAUGGCGUGCUUCAUGGUGCCAUGUCUUUGCGCUACAUCGCCAUUACUCCUCAGGAACGAGGCAAAGGCCAUGGGCGUCGACUAGUACAACAUGUAUGUCAGCGCUGUUCAGAACAGAAGGUGGACAAGGUGACGUUGUUUUCAAAGAGAGAGCUUGUUUCAUUCUACAAGGCCGUGGGCUUCGAAGAGGCUCCAGAGCAAGAUGGUGACUCAGAGGAUGACCUUCAGGUGCCGUUGGUGAUGUGCCCCCUCCAGCUGGGGGCGGCCACAGAAGGCCCAGGCUCAGGCUCUGCACCCAAGAAGGUGCUGGAGGACCUGGGAUCUUCACUGAAGGAGGGCUUACACGAGCUCCGCGAGGCCGGCGACUCCCAUCCCGUCGGCAGUGCCCCUGAAGAGGCCAUGGAGAAGCUCAAGUUCCAGAAUCAGCAGCUUCGACAGGAGCCGCCUCUCCACUUCGCCCCGCGCCCGAUUUGUUCUCCGCUUCGGAUCUGGGAGGAGCAUCAUUGGGACCAGGCGCAGGCUCAGUCCUUGGCCUCCAUUCGCCGGACGAGUCAGAGCGCUCCGCUCAUCGACGUGAGCGACACGACGAUGAGCGAGCUUGAUGAGCUUUUGGCCGAUCUGACGCUGGAGCAGCGCGCCAAGCUGCGGCAAGCACUGCAGCUGCUGGAGGCGGACAAAGCGAACGAAAUUCCGCAAGAGCAGCUUGACCUGGCGGAGAGCGCUGUCCAAUGCCAUCGCAGCGAGUUUGUCAUCGAGGAUGUGGUUCGGCAGACCUUUGUGAACGGCGACAAGCUCUUCAGGGCAACACCUUUUGCAGAGGAAGUGCGGCAACAGAUUCCCGAAGUGGACUUUUUGGAGUUGGCCGAACCACGCUCUGCGGUGACGACACUUCCCAGCGUGGUGAAGUGGACUGAAAGCAACUUCCCGGGAUACGUGAAGAUCUUGGGUUCCGUGGUGGAUGACCGUGAGAAACCCUUGAAGGAACGCAAGGUCAUUGGACUGAUCUACGAGGUGGCAGCUGACACGCUGCAAGCUUUGAUUGAAAAAUCCGGAGACCUUCGCAAUGAUCAUCGAAUGUAUUUGGCACUGACCAGCUUCCAAGCAUGGCAUCACAGCUUGUACUAUGGCCCUUGUCUUUCUGUCUUCACUCUUGAAAAUGUGGUUGUGAAGGGCAAUGAGUCGCCAGGGGCGACUCAUCCGUUUUCAGCUCAACUUCGCUUGCAGUUCCCCACUGCUUUGUAUGAAGAAGCCAUGGGCACAGAGACCUUGGACACCAAUGUCCUGCAGUUGGCGGAUGUUUUGUGGUUUGUUUGCCACGGGGAUGCCCAAAAGCUGAAGGAGAUGCCCAGGUCCAUCCAACGUGCCGCCGCUCCAUCCGAGGCUGACCGGGGUGCGGCGCCCAACUCAGAGCCCGGCCUCGGAUUGGGCAGUCCGUCGCAAGAACUCUCCCGGUCGGUGGUGGGGGCCCUGGUCGGAGGGUCGGGCUCGGACCCGGGUCGAUUCGGGGUGCCAAUUCCCACUGAGGAGGAUCUGGCGCUGGCCUCAGGAAGCCCUCAGUCCCAGAUUCAGCUCUUCUCAGCACGGGGUCCGGCCAGUGCCCGUGGUAACGUGAAAGGCUCUGGUAAGAUUUUCGCAUGCCUGUCAGGCGGUGGCGAGGUUCUCGCGCCAGCGAGCGAAGAGACCGUAGCCAUGUACAUGAGGGCUGCCACUCGCUUACCCACACUAAAGACGCGGAGCGCCUCGCAGCCUGCCGAGCGGAAGGAGCAGGUGCAGAAUGAUGAAAUCUUCAGCAUCAUGGUCAAGAGGCAAAUGCAGAUGCGAAAGGACCUCGCGCAAUUGCGGACUCCAGUGGCACUGCCGAGGAACAAGCUGCUCAGCUCAUCGCCUCAAUGGUGCGCUCAGCUCCCGCUGUCGGACUCCCCGGGGCCAGAGAUUUGGGUCACGAUGGCUUUCACGAUGUCAACCCAACCUGUGGUGGCCUUGGCGAAGAUGGAUGUGGACCCAUAUUUAUUGGUUGCUUGGUUGCUCUUGGACUUUUUUGUGGUCUCGGCCCUGCCUUCUUCCCUCGAGUGGACCAUCCACUGCAUGAGCUGGAUCGAGUUCGAUGGACUCACAGUGUUCAUGCGGCUGCGUCCUGAAAAGCAUUUGAGCCUGGCGCAGUUUGAGUUUGACAAGGGAAAGACUGCAAAUGCUGGCUUGGUGAUCCUGGAAGGGGCACGGCUGGAUCUGAGCCGCGCAGGUGCUGCAGCCAGCUGCGACGGCUGCAGCGCUAGUGAAUGUGCCCUGAGAGACUGCCGACGAGAGGCUGGUUUGAGCAAUGUCUCCUCAAAGAUUCCCCUGCUCCGCAUGGAUGACCUGGAAGUUGAAAACUCUGAAGUUGGGCGACGUCUAACAGGGGCUGGAGUCGCAGGAGGAGGAGGUGGAGCAAUGGGGGGGAGCAGGUGCACCAUCACUUGUGUUUAUGCGGUGCCAUUGAUCGCCGACCUUCCACACUCCAACGUGGACUUCGGGAGGGACACGGCUCCCACCGAGGGCUUUCCCUUGGGCUGGGCGGUGGGAAACUCGUGGGUGCCGCAGACCGUCAUAGGCACCACGCACUUUGAUUGGUGGGGCGAGGAGCGGAAAGCCUACGCACGAGCCAUGGACAACGCCAUAGCGCAACAGCUGCCGGAGAGGCUGAAGGCCUGCGAUGGACAACAAGCUGUACCAGACUCCCAGCAUUGGUGGAGUUCGUGCCACAGUAUGGGCUUCACUGCUUGCAGGGAAACCAACCUGGCUGGAAAGUGCUGCUGCCCGACAGGUCAACGAGUGGGAGAGGACGGUUGCAAGAGCUGCGGGGUUCUCGAAGAGAGGUUGUCUGCCUUGCACCAGCUAAACCUGCUGUACACGUUAGAUGAUCCAGACGCUGGACAGUACUUUUUCUACUGGAUGCUGUUUGGUUCCCUUGUUUUGCUACCGCUCCCCUGGGCUCUCCUAGCACAAGUGCUAUGGCAAUUCGCCGAGCCCAAUGAGAGCUUUCUGCAGCACGAAGCUCGGGAGGAGCGGAAACACAUUGCGGAGACCUGGAUUGGCACUGAGAAUCUACAUGGCCCUUCAACCAUCCAUGUGGCGAACAUGGCGGGAGAAUCCCGAGCUAUCCCAGGAUUCAGGGAGACAUCGCUGCUGGUCCACUUGCGUAGAUCUGUUGCAGAAGUAUUCAGCGUGGAGUUCCCCGAAAUCGGCUUGGCCUUUGGUGGACAGCUCCUUUCGCCCGACUUGGACUUUAAGACCCUGGGCGAUUUGGGUAUCUAUGAUGGGUGCACGGUGUCCUUCAUCCAGAUGGGUGCACAGGCAGAGGUGACUCCACGAAAUGAAAAAUUGGCGGGCCGCUCUGAGGGAAAUUUCUUCACUUAUUUCAACCGCAGCAGCAACGUGCCGUGGCGAUUGGAGUAUGCUGAAUGCUCAGGGCCGCACAGCAGAAUUUCACAACCUUUUGUGCAUAGUGUACAAGGCGAUGAAGUGCACUCACCUUGGGGAGCUGCGACGCGCUCUCCCCGGAGAAUUUGGGCGAAACUAUGAAAAAGGCUGGAAUUGUGAUGGCUGCGAGCGACACUUCUCACGAGGAACGUGGCUACACCGCUGCGACAGUUGCCAGAUCGACUUCUGUGAAGAGUGUGCGAAGGAGAACAGCGGCCCCCCCAGCACGGAGAACUGAGAGCUCCUUCUUUCGUGCGAACUGAUGCUGUCUUGAUUAAAUGAUUGUUUGAACAAUUUCACCCUGGAACUUUCCAGGAAUCCGAUUGGCUUUGCCUUGGCCAAAAGGAACAGCGG